CGUUUGCGGUAGCAAACAUAGCUCGGCUAACUUAGCGCAGCAGCUAACACCGCUUAUACUACUGUUACCAUUAAUUAAAAACUGAUUCUGUAGAAAACUCAGAGCAGUGGAAAGUACACGGCCUCUUCAUCUAACUUAGAGCUACCAAGCUGAGUAUAAGCAGGACGUGAUUUGGAACACAUUGGCGAGCUAAUGUUGUGUGUUGACAAACCGGAGCCAGCCAGAGAGAUGACCCGUAAAAGAAGUGUGGUUUGGGGCUUUUUUAAAACCGUGGACUCAGAGUCGGUCCAGUGUCUGCUCUGCAGGGGCUACCAGUCCAGACAGGUUCAAGGCAGCACCACGGCCAUGCUGAGACAUCUGCGUGUCAAACACCCCAAAGAGGUCGCCAAGAAAUGUAAAGGACGGGCGCCUCAAACUGUCUCCAGAAACGGCCAUCAAGACGUGGACACGGACAGUGAACAGUUCUGCUCCGUGGAAGUGGCACUGGAGGACGGAGACUCUGACAACCAUACUACCAUGAAUGAAUCUGAUAUUAGUUGUGCUAUUAAUGGCAUCCUAGAAGCUGCACAAGGAGGUUCAGCAGAACAAACACCGCUUGGAGAGGCGAGUGAUGACCUCCCUGUAAGACGUAGCCGGCACAAACGGAGCUUAAUUUGGAGGCACUACGAGCAUUUGGACAGUUUGAAUGCUGCUCGUUGUCGCAUCUGCAUGAAGAAGUUACAGUGCUUUGAAGGUGGCGGCACCAGCAACUUGCGUCGGCACAUGUCAAAGAGACACCCGGAGGUGUUUUCUAGGCUCGUGGCCGGCGGGCUUAACCCACCUCCACCGAACUCAUCACAGGGCUCAAAUGCUAAUGGUGACACAUCGACCUCUCCAGAAACUGCUGGGGCAACAGAGCAGAGAAAGUUUUCAGGUGUGUUGAAAGGUUCAAGAGCGUCUGAAGGAGAAAAGCGUGUGUUGAGGAGAGAGCGGGAGCUGAUUGAAGCUCUGAGGAGAGCGCAGAAGGAGGAGGCUCGGGCUCUGGAGCAUCAGAGGGAGCUGCUUGAGAAGCUGCGUGCAGCAGAUGCCCGAGAGGCAGCUGCAGAGAGGGAGAAAAUUGAGUCACUGAGGAAAGUACAGCAGGAGGAAGCCAAAGAAUUAAGUGGACAGAGAGAAGAGCUGCAGAAGGAAAAGGCAGAGCUACAGAAGAAAUGGGAAGAGCUUCAGCAAGAAAGAGAAGAACUUCUCUUGUUUUCCAGAGGACAGUAACCCCCCUGAUUCUGUUACAACAUUACAACGGGACUCUGAUGUCAGGUUUUCUAUAAAUGCCUUGAGACUAUUUCAAACAUGAGAUGGUGUAAAAAUGUAAACUCCUCUUUUAGUCAAAUAUAUUUUGCAAACAGUCAGUGGACCGUUGAUUUUGUUUCCGUUGCAGCGGAUGUCCUGACAUCACUCUGGCAUAUAUAGAAAUUUGACUGGCUAUAAAAAUGUACGUGUUCCUUCAAACUCUUGAAGUCUUCAGUACAGGAUCAGACCAGUUGCACAAAUCAUUGUCAUAACCUUGUCCAGUAAAAAUACUUUUUUUCUUUUUUUGUUUUGUUUUUACUCUGCUUACUAUGAAGACUUGAAACCAUCAGUCAUUCACGUCAUACUUUCUUUUCCACCACAAUACAGCAUGUUAUCACUAACGGGUGGUGUGAUCCUCUUAUGAAACAUAAAUGACCCUGAGACUUGAAGUGAGUCUCUUGUAAAAUGUAUGGAGUCUUUUGAAA